AUGUCGUCGUGGGGUACAGCCCUCGCAGAGCCGGUCCCCAAGUCGGAGUCCGAGGAAGGGAAGCGGGUGCGGCGCAAGGCUGGCACUGCUGGCUUUUCGCAGCAACUGAGGAGCCUCUUCAGGGUGACAGCCACGAGCGCCUCUCCUGGCUGUCGAGGCUUCCCCAGGCUGCGGCCCCGCUCUGCUUCUGCAGAGUCUUGCAGAGGUGAAUAUGACCACGAUGUCCACCGGUGCAGCCAUGCCCGCACACGUAAGCCUCGAGGCAACGGCGACCACCAUACAAGAGUAGAUCCCCCAUUCAGCGUAGCGCAUGUCCUUCUCUGCCCUUACCAGGCGUUUUUUUUACCACCUCACACUCGCCAGUGGUGGAGCCGUUGA